CUGCUGGCCUGCUAGGAGCCCAUGGGGAGCCUGCCCACAGCUGGACACCAGAGCCUUGAAGCCAUCAUCUUGAAAAACCAACACUGACCUCUGCAAUGAUUGAUUUUCAAAUGUUGAACCAGCUUUGCAAAACUAUAAUAAACCCAAGUGUAAUACCCUGUCUCAAGUAUUACAGUGAUCAAAUAGGACCAGUGACUUUCAAGGAUGUGGCUGUGGUUUUCACUGAGGCAGAGUGGAAGAGACUGAGCCUUGAGCAGAGGAACGUGUACAAAGACGUGAUGCUGGAAAAUCUCAGGAAUCUGGUCUCGUUGGAAUCAAAGCCAGAAGUCCAUACCUGUCCCUCUUGCCCUGUGGUCUUUGGCAGUCAGCAAUUCCUUAGCCAAGAUGAGCUACACAAUCAUCCUAUUCCAGGAUUUUAUGCAGGAAAUCCCCACCCAGGAAAUCCCUGCCAGGAGGAUCAGCCACAGCCACAUCGUCCUUCUGAUAAAAAUCACAGGGGAGCUGAAGCAAAAGAUUAACGAGUGGAAGGAAGCGUCAGACCCUUGUUUUGGAGUAUAAAUGAGAGAGGGACUUUAGUGGGCUUCUCUGGCCUGUUCCAGAGACCACCAAUAAGCUCUCAGGGAGGCAAUAGAAUAUUAGAGAUCCAGCUCAGUCCAGCCCAGGAUGCAAGCUCUGAGGAAGUAGACAGAAUUUCCAAGAGGGCAAAAACCCCAGGGUUUGGAGCCGUAAGGUUUGGAGAGUAUGCACUAGCUUUUAGCCAGAAGUCAAACCUGUUCAGACAGAAGGCAGUCAUCGCGGAAAAAUCUUCAGAUAAAAGACAGUCACAGGUGUGCAGGGAGUGUGGGCGAGGCUUUAGCAAGAAGUCACAGCUCAUCAGACAUCAGAGGACGCACACAAGAGAAAAGCCUAACGUCUGUGGAGAGUGUGGGUGAGCCUUUAGCCGCAAGUCACACCUCACCCCACAUCGGAGGACACACGCAAGGGAGAAGCCAUUUAUGUGCACGGAGUGUGGGUGAGGCAUUUAUAACAAGUCACACCUCAUUCAGCACCAGAGAAUUCACACAGGGGAUAAGUCUUACGUGUGUAGGACUUGUGGGCGAGGCUUUCGUGAUAAAUCCACUCUCCUUAUACAUCAGAGGGCACAUUCAGGGGAGAAGCCUUAUGUGUGUGAGGAGUGUGGGUGUGGAUUUACCCGGAAGUCGACACUCAAGUCACGCCGGAGAACACACUCAGGGGAGAAGCCUUAUGUAUGUAGGGAAUGUGGAUGGGGAUUUAACAGCAAGGGAGUCCUCAACACACACUGGAGGACACCCACGGGAGCGAAGCCUUACGUGUGGCGAGUAGCCGCAAGUCCACUCUCAGCUCACAUCAGUGGAUACACUUCGGGAGAAGCCUUCACAGGGAGUGAGGGUAAGGUGCUGGUUGGAAGUGGCCCCUUAAGAGACACUGGGAGUCAAAUCUGUCCACUGUACGCCUACCCGGUCUAGUUCUAAGGGCUUCAGGGACAGUCUUCUGACCCCUUAUAUUCCUGCAGAUGUGAAGAUGGCGGAGCUCUAACUUCAGAGAGCAGAGGUGCCAAGUGACGGUCCUCUUGGAGGAAUGGUCUUUGCACCUGACUACUUCCUCCUGCCGCUGUGUUCUUCCAUUGGCUUCUGUGACACUCUUCUGCUUCAUUUUUUUCUAUAUCUCUAGCCUUUGCUGUAUUUUCUCCUACCCCACAUUUAGAUGUUACUCACAGUUCAGUCUCCAGCCUUAUGAUCUGAGGGACUCCUUAACCAGGUCCGCUUUCUAACCCUCCAGUCCCAAGUCCAAGAUUAUUUAACCACACUCUAAAAGUUCUUUAGACUCAGGACUUAAACCUCACAGCCAUGCCAUGUUGGCCCUCAAUGACAGUGAUGACUACUAGCAAUGCCUCAUCAUCGACCUUCCAAUGUUAGGUUUAAGGGUAUUUAAACACAGCUCCUCUUAAAUCCUCCAAUCUCAGUUCACAGUGUUUUAGCCACACUCAGGUGGCUAAAUUACGUCCAGUAAUGGUGCUAAGGCCUGUAGCCAACUGUCCCACACUCCCAGGGCCCAUAUGGCCCAGGUUCUGACAGUUUGCCUUACUCCCUUCUUGGCCUGGGUCAGCCCUACCUGACACCCUCUGUCAAUGAGUGUACCUUGGAGAGCUGUCCAUUCAGGCCCCAGUGCCUUUAUUUGCUAAGAGACUCUUUGUUUCAGAAAAGAAGGGGAGAGACGUUUGGGUAGCCUCAAAUUACUUUGGCUUGGUUUUGAUGCUGGAGAGGAAGAAGGACUUGGAGAGAGAAAAGAAGUUACUGGCCCAGAGACUUUUGUCCACUCCCUCUCACUGGAAGUGGUUGAUCUCCAGGGAAUCCCCAAGGUUAGCCUGGUUGGGGGAAGGGCUAGAGGUACCUGGAAUGUAGUUUCUCCUUACCCCUGCGUGGCCUACAACCCUAAUGCUGCCCCUUUCCCAUGGCCUGAGCUAAAAGCCACAGUGUGUGUAUGUGUGUGUGUUUAGGGGUUGCUGAGCAGGGGAAGGGUGGGUCACCAUCAUUCCACAAGACCUCAAAGUUACUUCUCCCAUGGAAAACCAAAGUGGAAAAAUUAAGGAUCAUACAUCCUCUUUAAACAUGAC